AUGGAUCCCUUCACAGCAGCGACAGGCAUAGCUGGCCUGAUCGCUGUGGCUGUCAAAACGAUUCAAAUGCUGGGAGAAUUUACGGGUCUCAUAACUGAGCACAAGAAGCAUGCCGAAAGCCUCCACAAGGAGCUUUCUCUAAUGACGCAGGUGCUGGACCAACUCAAAAGUCUGAUUCAUAAGCAAAAGCAUAGCGGUAGACUUCGAAGUGCAGACAAUGCGGAUCACAAAACUAUUCUUGGAAAAGCUGUCCUGGACUGUACCAAAAUCAUUGAGCAGAUCCAGGAGAAACUGAGAGAACCGGUCCAUAGAUUCAAGAGAGCCAUGGCAAAGCUUCAUUGGCCAUUUGAACAGAAAGAUAUAAAAGCUAUGGUGGACGAUUUGCACAGGUACACUGAGCUCUUCCAGCUGUCCUUGGUUGUGGAGAAUUGCGAGCUCUUGUCCAAGACCUCUGACGCAGCUUAUGAAGGCUUGAACUUACAACGUGACAACUGCAAACAGGUGGAAAAGCUAUCGGCAGGUCUUCCACACAUGGCCACGGUUGCGAACGAUGCGAAGAACACACUACAGCAGACGGAGGCGCUGCUGAAGCUUCUGCCAACGUUAUUGCAGGGUGCGUCUUCAGACACGAAGGAAGCUCGGAAGGGAGUCGAACAGAGAGAACAUGAACGAAGAAUGACAGAGGUACUUGACUGGCUUUGCCCUUCGGCGGCCCUCCAAAAACACGACGAUAUUAAAGCCCGAAGGGCGCCUGGAACAGGUGCAUGGUUCUUAAACAUGCAAGAAAUCGUCAGUUGGCUGUCGUAUGACUCUGACAGCUAUGAGGUGCUGUGCUUGGGGGACCCUGGGGUUGGGAAGACGAAUCUAGCAUCUCUGGUAGUCGAUAAAUUGCUGGACCUUCGGAAACACAAAGAUAUCGCCGUUGUAUAUUUGUACUGUGACUAUCGAGAGCAACAAGCUCAAACUCCAGUAAAUUGUGCCCGAAAUAUGUUACGCCAGCUGUCGAUGCAAUACCAUGUGCUUCCCCCAGUGGUCUCCGAGUUCUACCGACGAACACACAAUGAGACUCAAGAUCAGUCAUGGUAUGUUGAAUUGCAAGAAAUACUUUGCAAAGUAGCAUCAAAGUUUGCGAAGUGUUUUUUCGUUGUUGAUGCGCUUGACGAAGCGGAAGCAAGUUCUCAUCUUCGCGGCUUGCUUGAAUUGCUGGAUGUUUUGCGGCGCAGUAUAACUGGGGGUACCCCCAAAAUUUUCGCCACAAGCCGAAAGCAUGGAUCUCCCAUUCAAGUAUCGUUCCAAGAGGCUACGAGAAUGACUGUCAGUGCGAACAAAGAAGACUUGAGAGCUAUCAUAGAGAAGGCAAUAGCCGAUCAUCAAGAUCCCAACCGCAUCUUAGAUGAGAGGCUGAAGGAGGAUAUUAUGGUGACGCUGAGCACAACCGCUCACGGGAUGUGCCUUUUGCCAGUUCUCCAGAUUCGAGAUAUUUUGGCACAGCUCACGAAAUCUGAAGUACGCCGUGCGCUUCGUGAGCGAUCUACUAACUUACCAGAAGUUUUCAAAGCUACCAUCGAACGUAUCCUAAGUCUUCCGGCAGAUUCACGUCGCGGCAUGACUCAACGGAAUGUCGCUGCGAGAACACUGAUGUGGAUUUCGCAUGCCAAACGAGUCCUCACGGUGACGGAGCUACAACAUGUCCUUGCGGUACGACUACAUGACAGCGAUCUUGACAGGGAGAACUUCAUCCAUCCACAAGCUGUCAUUGAUUGCUGCUUUGGAUUAGUGGAGAUUGACCAGGAAAGCUUGAGCAUUCGCUUUGUUCACUACAGUCUAGAAGAAUAUCUCAGAUCCCAUGAUCAUGGGUUGUUCAAGAAUGGUGAUGAGGAGGUCACCAAGGUCUGUCUAAAAUACUUAUCGCUGGACUCGGUGAAGGGUCUACAUAUUCAAAAUCGAAAAAAGUUCCUCGAAAGUCUCGGUGACCUUGCCUUUUUGGACUAUGCUGCAACAGAAUGGGGCUUCCAUGCUACUAAUGUGGCUCCUCAGGAUGUGAAAGAUGUGGCUCUACCAUUUUUAAGAAGUAGUCCCCAUCUCAUGAGUGCCGCUCGGGUCCGCGACCACAGAUCACCCUAUUUUCGAAAAUGGCACCAGCGUAUGUCUGUAUGGGCAUAUAGCGAGUCCGAUGGGGCAGGCAUCUCCACCUGUGCCAGUUUCGGACUUACUGAUUUCGUGAGAUUCCUCAUUUGUGAGAACAGACAACCAAUGCUGAAGGCUCGGAACAUGUACGGGAGCACCCCUCUCCACGAGGCUGCAUUGGGGGGCUAUGAAAGUACCGCAAAGUUGCUGCUUGAGUACGGUGCCGACGUUCUGGAUCUCAACAUUGGUAAGAGUACACCCAUGUAUCUCGCAGUAGGAAAUGGACAAGUUUCGAUGGCCCGACUAUUGCUUCAACAGCAGAGUAGCGUCCAACUUGAUAUUAGAGCAAGAGAUGGGUGGACCGCUCUACAUAAAGCAGUUGACAUUGGAAACGAAGAAAUGGUCACUCUGCUCUUGCGAAGUGGCGCCAUGGUCGAUUCUGAGGAUGAAAAGCGAAUGCGACCUCUGCACCUUGCCGCAAGGAAAGGAUACUUACCUCGAGAUUUCACAAGCGGCCAUCUUGAGGUGGCAAGGAUGCUUCUUGACAACGGUGCUCGGGUUGAACAUCGCGGCAUGGAUAAAUGGACCGUCUUACACCGAGCUGCUCGUGGUGGGCACGAAAACCUUGUCGCCUUGCUGCUUGAGAGAGGUGCCGACGUUUUGGCUGAAGAUCACAAAGGCGAGAUUCCACUGCAUGCAGCGGCCAGAAGUGGCAGCAUUCGAGCCGUAGAAUUACUUCUGAACGACAAAUCUGGUUUGAAGAAGGAGCAGUUGUGCAAAAAGGAGCGCAAAGGUUCCACCCCCCGCGACGUCGCCUUCUUCACCUCUCAUUUUGGCGUCCAUAAGCUACUCCGCAGAGCAGAAGUGCAGAAUCAGGAGCAUCCUCUUACCAUUUGUGACAAGAUCGCAGCUGCUAUUGAGAGUGGCAAGAUGGAAAAGCUUCGGCGUCUACUUGCCGAGAGGUCUUGUGAGAUCGAUGCACUCAUCGAUGGUCGCCAACCAGCUUUACAUCUCGCUAUACAAGAAGAACAACCUGACAUGGUCAACCUGUUACUGAGUCACGGCGCGGAUAUCAACUCUACUGGGUAUCAUAACUGGACGCCUCUUCACAUUGCAGCUUCUAUUGGACACCUUGCGCUUACCCAGCUCUGCCUCGCCCGCGGCGCCAACGUGGCGGCAUUAACAGACACCGCGCAAACCCCCCUCCACAAAGCCUGCUCAUCCAGGAACAUCUUGGUGGUAAAAGCACUUCUUGAGGCAGGGGCAGAUAAGACGGCCAAGAACCAACGCGGCAUGGGAGCUAUCCAUGUAGCGGCUCAUCAGAAGAACCUGGAUGUGGUUAGGCUGCUGGUGCAGGAUUACGGUGUAAGUGUAUGGGUGGUGGACAAUUUCGGCGAGACAGCGGCAGAUUGGGCUGCGCGAAGUGGACAUCUGGAUCUUCUGCAAUUCCUGAGGAGUGAGGAGAAGAAGGCAAGGCAGCUACAGGCAGCUUCACCAAUCGCUUCGGCAGGCGGAGGAAUCUCGUCUCUGCCUGCGGUAUUCUCUGCUCACCAUGUGUAG